UCGAUUCGAAACUGCGCGCGUGAAAACUCGAAAAAGAAAUACAAAAUGAAAUACCUCAGCCUCGGCCUUGUGCUGUUCGCCGCCGCCCUGCUGCUGCACAACGUGAGACAAUCUGCGGCUGCCUGUGGCUACGAGUCUUGUCCCAAGACAAAGUCCAACAUGAUCAACAUUCACAUGGUGCCGCACUCCCACGACGAUGUCGGCUGGCUCAAGACCGUGGAUCAGUACUACUAUGGCCACAAGAGCAACAUACAGCACGCUGGAGUGCAGUACAUCAUCGACACAGUCAUCUCGGAGCUGAUCAAGGAUCCCAAGCGUCGCUUCAUCCAGGUGGAGACUUCGUUCUUUGCCAAAUGGUGGCAGGAACAGUCGGAGACUGUCAAGCUGGUGGUCAAGAAAUUGGUGAACGAGGGACGCUUUGAGUUCACGGGCGGAGCUUGGAGCAUGAACGACGAGGCGGCAGUCAACUAUCAGAGUGUGAUCGAUCAGUUCUCCCUGGGCUUGAAAUGGUUGGAUGAGACUUUUGGGGCCUGUGCCCGUCCCCGCAUUGGCUGGCAGAUCGAUCCCUUUGGUCAUUCACGUGAGCAGGCCUCGAUCUUCGCCCAGAUGGGCUACGACGGAGAGUUCUUUGCCCGCAUGGAUCACAGCGAUAAGAACAAUCGAUUGGACAAUCUGGCCAUGGAAAUGAUUUGGGAUGCCAGCGAGUCGCUGAGCAACGAUGAGAUCUUCACUGGCCUCCUCUACCGCCACUACUCGGCUCCGCCUGGCUACUGCUUUGACGUGCACUGCGGCGACGAUCCCAUCAUCGACGCCAAGAGCUACGACAACAAUGUGAAGUCGCGCGUGGAUGACUUCCUCAGCUACGUUUCGAAUGUGGCCAAGUACUACCGCUCCAAUCACAUCAUGAUACCCAUGGGCGAUGACUUCCAGUACGAAGACGCUCAGGUCAACUUCAAGAACAUGGACAAGCUGAUCAAGUAUGUCAACGCACGCCAGUCGGACGGCUCCACCUACAAUCUGUUCUACUCCACCCCGGCCUGCUACCUGAACUCCGUGCACGAGGGCCUCCAGACUUGGCCCAACAAAACCGACGACUUCUUCCCCUACGCCAGUGACUCCAACAGCUUCUGGACCGGCUACUUCACCUCCCGACCCACCCAGAAGCGCUUCGAGCGGGACGGCAACCACAUGCUGCAGACAGCCAAGCAGCUCAGUGUCUUCGCCGGACUCUCGAGCGAGCAGCAGAAGGAGGAUCUGGACUACCUCCGCCAGAUAAUGGGAGUGAUGCAGCACCACGAUGCCAUCACCGGAACGGAAAAGCAGGCGGUGUCCAACGACUACGAUCGCCUGCUCUACGACGGCAUCAUCGGAGGCGCCAGCAAUGCCCGGGAUGCCCUGCGAGUGCUGACCAACCUGCCGGAGGGGGAGUUCGAGAGCUGCCUGCAGCUGAACAUCAGCGAGUGCGCCUUCACCAAGGACGGUGCGGACAAUGUGGUGGUGACCCUGUUCAACCCAUUGGCCCACACCUCCUCCCAAUAUGUGCGAGUGCCCGUGAAGGAGGAGAGCUACCAGGUGACCGACGAGAAGGGACGCGUGGUGGCCUCUGAGGUAGUUCCAGUGGCCUGGCAGGUGCUGGCUCUGGAAUACCGCCAGAAUAACACUCAGCACGAGCUCGUGUUCAAGGCAUCCGUGGAAAAGAUCGCCAGCUACUACAUCAAGAAGGUCGACAAGCCAGAAAGCAAGGAAAUUGUCCUGCCCAAGGCUGCCAAAAAGUAUGUGAAGCAAAACGAAAAGAACUUGGAGGUGCCCAAGCGGUUCAAGAAGGUCCAUUCGAUGAAGAAGGUCGAGACUCUCGACGAAGAUGAUUCCGAAACUGUGGUGCAGACGUCGCAGAUCAAACUGGUGAUCGAUAAUAACACGGGUCGCCUGAAGACCAUUGAGAUGAACGGAGUGUCCGAGAAUAUUGACCAGAACUUCGCCAUUUAUGAGACGUUGGAAUCUGGAGCUUAUGUCUUCCGUCAAAAGGAAGACGUAGAGCUGCAAUUCUUGGAAGACAAAGUGGAGUUCACAGUUUACAAUGGAUCUUUGGUGAAGGAAGUGCACCAGCAGUUCAGCGAAUGGAUCUCCCAGGUCAUUCGCAUCUACGAGGGUGUCAACCGGGUGGAGUUCGAGUGGCUGGUCGGACCUAUUCCCACCGACGAGGAUACUGGAAGGGAAAUCGUCACAAUUUUCGAUAGCAAAAUCUCCUCGAAUGGCGUCUUCUACACUGACUCCAAUGGCCGCGAGAUAAUCAAGCGAGUAAAGGACAAGCGAGAGGACUUUAACCCUGAUCUAGGCAGGCAGCCGAUUAGUGGAAAUUAUUACCCAGUCGUCUCCCGCAUUGCCCUGCAGGAUGGCAACAAGCGUAUUGCUCUGCUCAACGAUCGUGCCCAGGGUGGAACCAGCAUGCAGGAUGGACAGCUGGAGCUCAUGCUGCAUCGUCGUCUCAUUCGGGACGAUGGCUAUGGAGUGGGAGAAGCCCUGAACGAGCAGAAGUACGACAAGCCCCUCAUUGCACGUGGAAAGGUCUACCUAAUCCUCAACUCGGUGGAGGAAUCGACGAAGGUGGAGCGUCUGGCCGAGAAGGAGAUUCUCCUUCCCUUCUCCGUUUUCUUCAGCAAGGCAAGCAGUCAGAGUAGCAGCGCUGUGGCCAAGACGGUGCCCAGCUUCGACGACUUCCCCCAGUCGGUGCAUCUCCUCACCCUGGAGCCCUUCACCGAUGACGAGAUUCUGCUGCGCGUGGAGAACUUCCUGGAUCACACCGAGGGUAAUGUGGUUAGCUUCAAUAUUCGGUCCAUUUUCGAUGCUUUGGGAGGUGUGGAGAUCCGCGAGACCACAUUGGAUGGCAACUUGCCACUGAGCGAGAUGAAGCGCUUCAAGUUCCACCACGAUGCCUCUGGCCACAGUCCCGCAGAGGUGGAGUACUUCACGACGGCCCACAAGCCUCUGGCUGCUGCUGAGUCGCAGGAAGCAUCGGACUUCAGCGUCACCCUGCACCCCAUGCAAAUUCGCACUUUUAUCAUCAAGAAGAAGUAAUUCAGAGUUCCUCAUUAUGCAGUAAAAUUGUAAAAUAUUUACACUAAAAUAAAAAAA